AGUUGAAGCUAAUUUCAGGAUCAAACAUUAACAUCUCUGAGGAAGAGUGAGUCGCUGCUAGUUUCUGGGUCUAUAGUUUUCGGAUACCACAAAGGAAAAGACUUUCUGGAGUCAAAGCAGCCCAUGCAUUCAUUCAGAGCUGGAAGAAGUGUUGAAAGAAAUAAAAUCCAUUUAGACAGCCCUCUGCCAAAAUACUGCUGGACAACUGGCCCUCAAAAUCAUUUUGACCCUGAAUUACACUUGCUAUACAAAUAAGCAGCACAAAGACUGAGGUAAAGUAGCUGAUGGAUGCUACUGCAAUGCCCUACAAUAAAUUGAAUGGUUUGUUUUGCAUUGACCAAAAUGUGCAUAUUCCCACCUAGGGUGCUACCACUCCUUGCUGUUGAUUGGCCACUGUUUGCUCUCCUUGUUUGGUAUUAUGAUAGAAGCAAAGCAAAUUUUGGAAGAGGAAGGAUCAUUAGCUUGGAAAGUAAGCUUUGCACACUUCAAAAAUGGUUUGGAAUUAUCUGUCUUUUUUAGGCUUCCAUGCUACCCUGAAAAAAGAUAUGUCUGUUUUAAUUGUUCAGUUGUGACUUUUAAUACAGCUGAAUCUUUCCCCCCUCAGAUACACACUCAAAAAAAUAGCAGGAAGCUUUACCAAACAGUAGAGAAGCGAAGUGCAAGAUUCAUAGCACAUUUCUUUCAAAACAUUUUCAAAGUUUCUGUCCUGGAAGCUAUGUCUUAAAAGAAGAGAUUGCAGGAACUGGAUAUGUUCAGCCUUGAAAAUGAGGGUAGUGGGUGGGAAAUAUGAUAACUGACAAUUUCUGAGAUUGGUGAUGAGAUCCUGGCUGAGUUCGACGCAGAAUCAUAGAAAAUGAGGCUUGCUUUAAUAUGUGUUCUUGAAAUAAUUGGGAGUUGGCUUUAAUUGUCUAAAAGGUUCUUUUAAAUCUAUGAUUCUCCAAACCUCAUCACAUCUGUCACAGACCACUGCAUAAGAUGAUGAGCAUCCUGAUUAGAUCAAGGCAGAUAUUGGGUAUGAUUGACUUAAAAAACCCAUAUUUUAUUCCAGAUAUAUUUUAAAUAUCUUAAAAUUAUAAUGCUACAUAAACAAUUCUGUGGGGAAUUUUUUUUCAGUACCAUUUUUUCUAUUAUACCAUAAGUAGUGUUGAUUCCACUAACUAGUUUAUCUUACUCCAUCCUAGCCCCCUUCUUUCCUAACACAGCUCUUAAUUUUCUAUUUUAUUUCUUAUUUUAUUUAUUUCUAAGACAAUUAAGGACCUUCCUUCUCUGUUACAACAAUGCACAAAAGGGGAGAAGCUGGGGUUGGAGAAAGCAACGGAGAAAGUGACAGAAAGCUAAGGAAACAGAUGGGAGUUAGAUGGGUGGAAGACAUGAUGGUUUAAAUACACAGUGUCAUUCUUCAUUAGCUAACAGUCCAGUAGUUAUUGCUGAGAAUAUUAGCAUUUGAGUGUGAAGCCGUGAGUCAGACAUAUUCCUCCCCCAUAAAGGGGAAUGCUAUUUUUGAGUAGAGGACAGUCAGUUGGGCAGCAGAAGACAUGAGGAAGAAAUCUGUUGGAUUGCUCUGAAAUGAUUGAUUUGCAUUAAUGGGCUAGCAGAUGAAUACUAGAAUAGAAAGAGAAGUUGAAGAAUCACAGAUGCACAGGACCCAAUCUUUGGAGGUUGAAAAUAGAAAGAAGAAACCGUGCUGUUCCAUUCAUAAGAUGCCUCAGAUGUACUUCUUUCAGUCAAUGGUCUUUCUCUAAGGAAUGGUAAGAAGCAUCGCUGAGCAUGACACGCAAGGAAGACUGCCAUCAUUCCUUAUGAAGAACAGGUUUCUUUCCUCAUAUCCAACCUAUUUUGUUUUUUUCUCCAUCAGCAUUCCCAACCCUUCUUAGUGAUCUUAACUGUCAGACUUGUGAGGCACAAAAUUUGCUUAUGAUAGUUUUCUGUGGAACUGGAGUCCAUUUUGGCUAUUCAGUGAUGGCGGAACUCAUUGAAGAACCAUUCUGGGGCAAUUUCUCAGAUGAAGAAAUUGACUUUCAGGAGCAGAGUUCUCUCACGGGAGUUUUGGGAGCAAUCCUCCUUCUGAUGUGCUUCAUUGGGAUGACAGGAAAUAUCUAUACACUGGUGGUGGCGUUUGGCAGCAUGGCAAUUCGUUCCGCGAGCUGUUUGUGUGUGUAUGUUAUUAACUUGGCCUUGGCAGACUUACUCUACCUUUCCACCAUUCCCUUUGUGGUUUGUACCUAUUUUGCCCAGGACUGGUUCUUUGGAGAUGCAGGAUGCCGAUUUUUGCUUAGCUUGGACUUGCUCACAAUGCAUGCUAGCAUCUUUCUGCUGACAGCCAUGAGCUUGGAGCGUUAUUGGGCAGUGACCAGACCACUAAAGGUUAGGAUUGCUGGGAACAGUUAUCAUAAAGUUGCCAGCCUUGCUGUGUGGCUUCUGUCAUUGUUGCUUACAAUACCAAUGAUGGUCAUGAUCCAGCAGCGGGAAAGUGGAAGCCAUAAACAUAUUUGCUUUCCCACAUGGACACCUGAGGCUUUCCGAGUUUACCUCACAGUUCUCUUUGGCACUAGCAUCCUAACACCCGGCAUUGUCCUAGCCAUAUUGUACUCACGUCUUGCAUGGAGCUAUUGGCUUUCUACAAAAACUAUGCAGUCUCAGGUGACGGGCAGAAUGUUGAAACAGAAGCUGUUCUCCAGGAUCUUCAGCAUCAUUGUGGCCUAUUGGGCUUGCUUUGUACCAUUCUGGGCCUGGCAGUUAGCCAAAUUGUACUGGUCAAUGGACUUGGACAUUGGCCCUACUGCUCAGGCCUACCUCAACUUUGGUGUUACCUGUUUGACCUAUAGCAACAGUUGCAUCAACCCAUUCCUUUACACUCUGCUAACAAAAAAUUACCGUGAGUACGUGUCAACUCAGUGUGAGGAAAGACAAGGCAGAGAGUUUGCCGCCUUCAGAAGGGGGAGAAAUGCAAAACCUCGAGCAGAACGUGUAUCUGCAGCACAGGGAGUUGACCUGAUUGAAGAAACAGAAGACAUCCAUUAAUAAUUAAUGUCAAAGAUGUCAUUGUUCCUGAGGUUCAUCCUACUUACAUAACCCAAGGAAUUUCAACCUUUUGAGCUUCAUGGGUACACUGAGAAUUUUGAUGGCACAUGAUAGGAACUCAUGCAGACUAGUGAGAAUAUUCCUGCUGACCUCUCUAAGACCCUCUCAGUCUACAUUUUCCUUACUCUGAGCUGUCAAGCACACUUCCAAAUUAAGCGUGGGCUGCAGCCACUUAACAUUUUUUACAGGAUUGCUGGUGGAGAUUAUGAAGGCUUAGAGGUAUUACUCAGAAGGAAAAAUAGGGCUAAAGAGUGGGAUAUUGCUCUUGAGUUCUAUUAAAUUAUGAUUUGAUUAUUCUUCAGAACCAGCCGGAAAGGGUAAUCAGCAUUAAAUAUCCAUGAUAAAUUGGUAACCGUAAGCAUCUUGCUGCAGAUGCUAGAUAAAGGUGUGCAAAAUAUAAUGUGUUUUACUAUCAGUGAUUCAGUCAGGUAGUCAAAGGGGAUAAAUAGUCCUGGCAUCUAUUGGCCAUUUCAGGCUGGUGUGGGGACAACCUUCCCUUCUGGUCUCUGGGCAUCUCCUCCUAGGAUCAAUUUUUUUCAAGGAGACAAGAGAAUCUACCUUUUUCAAAUCAGGCUUUUCUACCACCUGACAGAAAUUGUAGAUCCCCUCCUAGGCAGGCUCAAGAUGCCACACUUAUGAAAAAGUAUCCCGCUGAACCUGGGCAGGUUUUAUUUUUAAGAGUGGCUUUAUCUGCAAAUUGGAUGUUUUUUUUCCAAAACUCUAUCCCUGCACAUGCCACUGUUGUUGAAAAAAGGGUAGAUGAGCCAUUGGGAGGAGAAGGUUUAGAAAAGACUUCUCACUCUUGAGAAAGCAAUUCAAAAAUAACUCUGCCUUGAUUUUGUUUGGCAUAAGAUAUACAUAGUAAAGAAAAUUAGACAGGCUUAGUUUCAAGAUAUUGCUACCGUAUUAUAUCCUAGAACAAUAAAAAGCAUUCUGAAAACUCUA